AUGAGGGUAAAUUUGGAAAUUCAUCCACAACCCUCUCAUUCCUCCACAAUCCUCCAUUGCCGCAACAGUCGCAAUGAAGCCCGCUACCACAACACAACCCACACCCACCAUUUCUCUGCUCACUACGUCCCCUUCAACGCCGACCGUUCCUCUGCUGCCGCCGUCGACUCCGAGUCCUACUCCCUCUAUGAGAUCGUCUACCGAUCCAACUCCAACGGCCUCCUUGACGUCCAACACGACAUGGCCGCCCUCAAGAACUACAACGGCAAGUAUUGGCGCGACCUAUUCGACUCCCACGUCGGCAAGACCACCUGGCUCUAA